AUGUCCCUCGGGGGGACCACAGGCGACAACACGCGCCUGCUCGGUCGGGCUCCAGAGGAGGAGGAGGAGGAGGAGGAGGAGGAGGAGGAGGAGGAGGAGGAGGAGGAGGAGGCGAUGCAGGCGGAGGGCGUGCGGGAGGUGGCAGUGGCAGCCGGCCUGGAGGUGCUGUACCAGGAGACCCCCAACUACCGCGGGGCGGCGGCCGAGGCUGACCGCAUGAUCGAGCCUAGGGAGACGGCUAGGCAUGCCUGGCGAGUGCCAGACUUGGAAAGUCCCCCCGACGCGACAAAUUCUGCUAAUGGGAAUGCGCCUGCGGCUGCUUCUGCCAGUUACGGAAGUGCUACUAAAAUUGAUAACAGCAGCAGCGCCGUAGCGGUGACGGCGAGGCCAAGCAACUGGACAGGCCAAGGUAUCAACGCCACGUGCGGUUAUUUCGGCAACUACAGCACCAACCCCUACUUCGACAUGGGACUCACCGUGAAGCUUCCUGGCUCUGACUUCGGCAAUAUCUGCGGCGCGUGCUAUGCCAUUUCGUGUAUCAACGACACGAAGCGAUGCCGCAAUGACAAGGCGAUCGUGACCGUCCGUGUGGUGGGCGAGUCAGAGACGGGAAACCAGCUUGCAAUCUCCAAAGCAGCCUGGUCCAAGAUCGUGGAGGAUUCAGAAGAUAAGGCGCAUGUUAACAUCACGUACAAGCGCACCAACUGCGUGUCGACCGUCGGAACGCAGGUUCGCGUGCGCAGCGUAUCAUCAGCGGAGAAGUUCAACAUUCAGAUCGUGGGGCUUGCCGCUUCGAGCACGCUUAACCAGGUGGAAUUAAGCGCGGACGGCAAUACGUGGGUUAAUCUGACGCGGGACAGCAGCAACGCCGGUGUGUGGGGAAUCAAGGGCAACGAGUCGAAGGCGGUCGUGGGUAUGAAGAAGCCGAUAAGCGUUCGCCUCACUGCGGGAGACACGCUCGAGACGGUCAUUCUGGAAAAUGUCAUACCUGCUCUCUGGAAGGCCUCGACGGAUUAUACGUCGAAGUCCAACUUCAGGAAUCUGAUGGUUGAAAGCAAGUAG